AUGACGCCGACUCUGACGCUCCUGGCGACGCUCCUGGCCGUCACGAGCUGGCAACGCCUCACUACAGACGCCGUCACAAGUGGCUCCAGUACUGUGACUGUACUCAAGGGCAGCGAGAAGCUGGCGAAGCUGCAGCAGCGCGCGCGGAAUGGCGUCGUGCCCUUCACGAGCGAUUUGUUCAUGCGCUUUGCCGUGCGCCCCGAGCGUCCGUACCAUCUGGUGCUGCUCCUGACCGCCACGUCUGCCAAGCACAAGUGUGACGCGUGUCUGCAGCUCGCGCCCGAGUUUGAGCUCCUGGGCCAGAGCUACCAAGCUGCUGCUCAAGUGAAAGUGGAUACACGCGACGGCUUGGACGUGGUCUUUGGUGUCGCGGACUAUGAGGCGAACCAGGGGGUCUUUCGUCACUACGAGCUCACGUCUGCUCCUUUCGUGGUCUACGUGGCUCCCGAUACCAGUGUCGACGUCGGGGCGGCGUUACCGACGAAGGAACGGAUCGAUCCCCAGCGUCUGUAUAAUGUAUACACACAAGGCCUUCAAGCGGAAGGGAUGGCGACAUUUGUCCACCAACGCACGGGCUUUGAGGUGACGGUGUUGCGGUCCAAGACGUACUUGUACGUGCUCGUGGCGGCGGCGAGUGUCGGUGUUGCAAUCGCGGCGAAGCUCGCGCUGGAUCACUUGGACUUUUUGCUCAUGAAAUUGCGGCGCAAACAGCUCUGGAUGACCGUGUCGCUGCUGUUCUACGGCCUCUCGGUCUCGGGCAUGGUCUACUGUAUCAUUCGUAACCCGCCGCCGUACGCGGCUGACCGACAGGGUAACGUCCAGUACUUCCAUCCGCAAGGGAGACAGCAGUUUGUGUACGAAGGACUCAUUGUAGGCAGCUACGACGUCGCUGCUGCUAUGUGUGUCAUUCUGCUCUCGCAGUGGGCGCUCUACGUCCGCAAUCCAGUCGUGCGCUAUCUCGCCAUUGUUGGCUGUUCGCUGGGCUUUGUCUUCCUGUACCGCCAGAUGACGGACGCAUACAAGAUGAAGAACCAUUGGUACACUGGCUGGAUGGGCUUUUAG